AUGGCCGACUCCGAGAAACUCGCUGACUUGUCGGCACGCCUGCGUAGCCUCGCCAACGGCGACGAGAACACCCAGGAAACGUCAAAGAGCCUGCUCCUAGAGGCUGUAGUUGUCUUGGAGCAGUCCUACUCAUUAGAGAACUCUUAUGUGCUGGUCUUGAUCGAUGCGCAUAGCCAUCCAUUCAUCAACGAGAUCUUCAACAAGUCUUCCAACCAGAACUACCCCGCCUUGGAUCGCGAUCAACCAUACAACAUCAGAAAUCGCCUGUACGACGCGAUUAGGAAACAGCUGAUCGAGAUCUCCUCAGCUGCGUCACUUCGCACGUCUCGAUUGGUGGUUCGCGUCUACGCCAAUUCUGCCAAGCUGGAGAAUGAUCUCCUCUGCCCGCUGCAGCAAUUUACUAUCCAGUUCUCUUCGAUGGACCCUUAUUUCGACUUCAUCGGAGUUCGGGACGAGGCUAUCGUGGAAGUCAAAGUAGCCGGUGAGUGA